GACGGUGACUCCAAUACCUCUCUGGGCAGUCUGUUCCAAUGUCUGAUCACCCCUUUUGUGAAUAAAUUCUUCGUAAUGUCUAACCUGAACCUUCCCCAGUGCAUCUUAAGACUAUAUCCUCUAGUCCGGACAUGAAUUGCUCCUGGUGUCAGCGAUCACGCAGCUUUUUCGGCACGUUGAAGGCAGGCUGUGUGUGGCACGAGAAGGAAGGCACAGCCGCACGGCUCAGGGCCGGAGUCACCCCCGGCCCACGCCUGCCCCGCCUCGCUGCUGCUGCUGCACACAGCUCCCGAGGCACGCAGCGGACAACUGCGAGGUUUAGAAAGUUGAGCUUGCUGUCGGCGCUGCGGCGGCGGUGCGACGUCGCCGGGAAGCGGCUGUCGGGGCCGGGCCUGGCCGCCGAGGGACGCGUCCUGCGCGCCGUGCUCUACGCGUACCACAGCAGGCUGCUCCGGCACCGGCCCUACCUGGCCCUGCAGCAGGUAGAGCAAUGUUUGAAGCGCCUGUGGAAAAUGAAUCUGGUGGGUUGCCUGGAAACUCUGGUAGAACUGAUUCCCAAGAAAAAUGCAUCCAAAGUCGACGCAGAGUGCUUGGUUCCCAGCCAGCCUAUGCUGGAAACUGUGGCUUUGAAGGUAUUGGGAGGCUGCAAGCUCCUAUUACGCCUACUGGAUUGUUGCUGUAAAGCUUUUCUCUUGUCCAUUAAACACCUCUGCUCGAAGGAAUUCAUACUCCUGAAUACUGUGGCUUCGGGGCUCCUAAGCCGGCUCUGGAUUCAGUACAGGUGUGUAUUGCAGACCCUCAUAUCCUUGUACAGUGCCUUGUCAACAAUGCUUCAUCUGGUAUCUGAGACCCAACAGACCCCUUAUAUCAAGGGGUUUACCUUCCCCUCUGAUAUCUGUGACUUCCUUGGAGUUAACGUAUCUUCUGAGGCAAAGAAACAAAAUGCUAAAAUGCUUACAACAAAAAAAUCUACCAGCUGGAUGAAGAAGUUCUUCUCAGCAUUGCCAGAGGCAGUAUCAAAGGUUGGGAAAAAGAAAAAAUCUGAGACCUGUGCAAGUGCUGUGAAAAACCGUAGCAUCCUGUGCUCUGUGGACAUUGGAGAGGCAGUUGUGGCACCCACAACCAGGAGAGGGAAGCACUCAGGGUUUGAUGUGAAGAGCCUGCUCAGGCCAUCCAGACAUCCCACACAAAAGGGUCUAAGCAUUGCAUCAACACCUUUUAAAGCAAAGUCAUCACCACUUUCGUCUCAGCUAGCAAAAUCACAGCAGACUGGAUCUCUUGUACAGAUGGUCCAAACAGCUGCAUCAUUUGGGGAGCUGUCAGAGGCACUCAGAAAAGCUAUUCUGUGGUGCAAAACCAACAAAUUCAAAUCAGAAACUUAUUUUCUGCGUAACAAGUUGUUGAAAAGCAACCGAUUACACCAUGUGGAAACUCAAGGAUGCAGCUUGAAGAAAAAGCUGCGCUGUGUCAAAACAUCUGUCUGUAAAUUCCUCCUGUGUGGGUCACAACACGCACGCUGGCCAAGGCAGCACCUCCGGGCACGGUUCUGCCAAAGGAGGAUCAGAUCAUCUGCACUCUCGAAGACAGCCCCAAAGACUGGUGGGCAAAAGCCUCCUGAGCUUUUUGGGGUCUGUGGGAACAGUGCAUCACGCAUCCUCCCAGCUUACCAAGAUGGGUCUCCGAGUCAGGAAGAACAUUCCAGCAUUGAUACAGGACGUGUCAGACUAAGCACAACAGGGACCCCUAAGCGGCUGCUGCUGGAAGGAAGCCCCGGCCCUGUGGGGAAAGAAGCUGCUGAGAACACAGAUAUUGAUUCUAUUUUUGCAGCAAUAGGUGUCUGAUCCUGGACUUGAAGGAGGAAAGGGGUCAAAGUCAUUCUAGUUUUUUUGGGGUUUGUUUGCUUUUUUUUUUUUAAGUAAACCCCUCUGAACCCUAAUGGUGUCUCAGUAAUUCACAUCAUGAAUUCUGUUAAGAAAAUAACAACCAUUUUAUUA